CCCUCCUCACAGAUCCUGACACAGAACCUCCGGAGAAGUAAAGGCAGAUUAGCUGCUUACAAACGUGGAUGUUUUUACUUGAGAUUCAUUUGUAACGCAUGUUUUCUUUGCCUUCACCCUUCACUUCAACAUUCACAGAGGACCACUGAUGACUUUUAAUUUGGAAGAAGCGUCUUGUGACUUUUCCUCAGCUCUGAACAUAUGAUUUUUGAAAAUGUGUUAGCCUUUAUUUUACAUCUGUGCAUCCUGGGAGCUGCAGCUACACACUGGAGCAGAACAAAGACAUCCUAACACUUUUCAGCUGCUGCGGGUGUCCUCAGAAGUUUAACACAUUCAUGGAGAAGACACUGACAAUAGGUCUGACUCUUUUCCUAACACUCUGUGUGGACGUCCCAGGAGCUGGAGGACGGAAGGACGGGGCUCAUGGAGAGGACACACAGAAACAUUCAGCCCAGUCUUCAGAUACAAAAGGAGGCCGUUGCUCCUACACGUUCAUUGUCCCCCAACAAAAACUGACUGGUGCGCUGUGUUUGAACACGAAGUCUGCUUCUGCCAACGAGUCGGAGGUGGCAGCGCUGCGGGCGGAGCUCAGACGACAGCAGGAGCAGCUGGAGAAGCUCCACGUCCAGCUGGAGCAGGAGGGGUCCCUUGCCAUGGAGAUCAGAGCCCUUCGCAAAGAGAGCAACAGCAUGAAUUCUCGUAUUGCCCAGCUCUAUGCCCAGCUGCUACACGAAGUCAUUCAAAAGAAAGACCAGGCUUUGGAGCAGCGAAGGGUGGAGAACCUCCUACUAAAUGCUACAACACAGGCGCUGCAGGUGUCCAGUAACUUCAGGGAGCUGGAGAAGAAAUAUGGAGCCCUCACCUCCAUGAUGAGCUCCCAGAACCAGUUUAUAACUCGUCUGGAGAAGCAGUGCCAGUGCAGGGACUCCACACAGGCCUCUCUGGUCACGACUGAACCACCAAAAAGCCAGUCUAAUGUGCAUCCUAAUUACAGCUCUGACGCCAGCGAAAUGGCCAAUGAUGUUCAAAGGGACCAAAGUGCUCUUUCACAACAGCAGGAAAAAGCUGACGUUUCCCUUCCCACGAACUCUCCUACGGACCCUACAUUAAUUAGUUUCCCUGUCACAAAGACUCCAGGGCCGUGGCGGGACUGCCAGCAUGUGCUGGAAUCAGGUGAGACCACCAGCGGGAUCUACUUGCUCCGUCCACAGAGUGCCAACCGUCUCCUGCAGGCUUGGUGUGAUCAGAGUCGGGCCCAGGGAGGGUGGACGGUCAUCCAGAGGAGACAGGAUGGGUCGGUCAACUUCUUCCGCACAUGGGAGCAGUAUAAGCAAGGCUUUGGGAACCUAGACGGUGAGUAUUGGCUCGGCCUGGAACACCUCUUCUGGCUGACGAAACAGGCCCAGUAUAAGCUGCGGGUGGUUAUGGAAGACUGGCAGGGCCGGCAGGUGUUUGCAGAGUAUGACAGCUUCCACAUUGAACCGGAGAGCGAUUGGUACAGACUGCGGUUAGGACAAUACCACGGCAAUGCGGGAGAUUCCCUCUCGUGGCACAACAAUAAGGCCUUCACCACUCUGGAUCGAGACAAGGACAGCUACACAGGUAACUGCGCCCAUUACCAAAAGGGAGGUUGGUGGUACCACAUGUGUGCCCACUCCAAUCUGAACGGUGUGUGGUAUCGGGGUGGACACUAUCGCAGCCGCUACCAGGACGGGGUUUACUGGGCAGAGUUCCACGGGGGGUCCUACUCUCUCAAACGAGUUUCCAUGAUGAUCAAACCCACAUAACAGUUGCGUCAUGGAUCUGUUUCCUGAUGCAGAGAGAUUUAGAGGGCCUAAAGAAUAUGUUUCAGUGUUGUCCCUGUACAGUGCUGAGCCAGUGAGUCUUUAAAAUGAAUACUGUCGCUACAUGUUGAUUAGAGGACAGUCAGUGAAGUGUGUCGACCAUGAUUAAUUUGACAAUGACUAAAAUGUUCUGUGUUGACAUGUCUUGACUGACUUGUCUGUCCUGUUUUGCAAUUUCCUGCCGAAAGAUUUUAUGUUUUUUUUUUGUUUUUUUUUCACUGUUUACUUUUAAUGUACUUUUAAAAUUAAAAUGA